AGUACUAAAAAAUUAUGGUCGAUCCGGCAGAAGUUGGUGUAGGAGUCGCAAUUGGAUCAGUGGAAACCAUAUCCAAAGUGAUUCGGACAAUCAGUAAAUACGAAUCCAUUCUCAAUGACCUCCGAACCAGACUCCAAGAUAUGAUUCCAAGACUCGAGGCGAUAAAUCGGUCCAAAGAUGGAUCAAAGGAAACUGAGAAGUUGGCUAAGCGAUUUGAAGAAAGCAAAGCAAACUGUUGAUAGAUGCUCCGACGUACCCUGGUGGAACUAUUACAAGAAGUACAAGUUCGCCCAAGAGCUCAUUGAACUGGAUGCUUCCCUACGAAAGAUGAUGGAAUACUCGUUACCGUUACUGAUAUUGGAGGAUACUAGAAGAAUUUUGGAUACGGUUGUGGAACUGCGUCUAAUGUUUGCAUCGUUAAACAGGAUUUUUGGAAGUAUUCGUUCAGGUGUGAAAAAUACUGCCGAUUUUGUUGUUAAUCAGAUCCAAUAUGUGGUUUCCCUUGCAGCUUCCUGGACGAAGAAACUUGUCGAAUCUCAGCCUGAUAAUAUAAAAGAUGUAGUUCUAUGGAGAAAAAAGAAGCUGAGCGGAACGCUUCUAUUCAUGUCAAUUGCAGCAUGGCUCUUGCUGCAAGUUUAUCAAUUGAAAUUCAUCACCAUUGCUUCAUGGGUGGCUAUGGCCAUUGUUGUUGCACUAUUCCUUUGGGGAAACGUAGAUCGACAUCUUGGCCAUGUUUUUGGUCUCAGCGAAGAAGCACGCAUGUCCAGAUUCGAAAUCUCGGAGGAGACUGCCAUGCGCAUUGCAAACUCUUGUCAAACACUAAUUGAAGAAACAAUUAGAUGGAUGGUUCAUGUGACUAUUGAGAGCGAAUGGUUUGUAUUUGCAAGAACAGUUGCAGGGCUAUUGUUAUUCUCCUACAUGGGAAGCUUCAUUGAUCUGCUAACUCUUCUUUGUGCAGGUGCUAUGAUAGCCACAACAAUUCCUGUAAUUUAUGUGAAGCACGUGGAUAAGAUAAAGACGUGUGGCAAGAUAAUGAGGGUGCAGUCGGGAAGAGUUUGUGAGCUGAUUGACGACAAGCUAAUUAAGACGGUGAAGAACAAGGUUGUCAAAGAAACGAUCAGGAAGAAAAGAAAACAAAAGUGACUAAUCAGUUGUUCUUGGCUU